AUGCGUUAUGUCAUGGACCUCCCAACACUGAAGAAGAACUUUUACACGGUGGCAGAGAGUGUUUCCAUACUCUCAGCGGAGGAAGUCAUUGAAUGGAGGAAAGAGAAUAACAAUAUCUUUGUGGAUGACCUUCUGGAGGAUGGGGAGAAGCGUCCCUUCCCAAAUCCCUGUCGCACCUUUCUGGAGGCCUUCAAGCUUUUCCCAGAGAUCAUGGAAAAUAUUGAUCGAGUUGGCUUUGAAAAACCAACACCUAUCCAGUCUCAGGCGUGGCCAGUGUCUCUGAGCGGAGACGACGUGAUCGCCAUCGCUCAGACAGGAACGGGCAGAACUCUGGCCUACCUGCUGCCAGGCUUCAUCCACAUGGACGGACAAGUUGUGCCCAGAGCUAAGCGGGGGGGUCCGGGCAUGUUGGUGCUGACUCCCACCAGAGAGCUGGCACUGCAGAUUGAACGGGAGUGCAGCAAGUACAGCUUUAAAGGCUACAAAAGUGUCUGUAUCUAUGGCGGAGGGGACAGGCGAGCUCAGAUCAACGCGGUGAGGAGCGGCGUGGACAUCGUGAUAGCGACACCAGGCCGACUGAACGACCUCCAGAUGAACAAGCUCAUCAAUCUGCGCUCCAUCACCUACUUGGUCUGCUGUCGGCUUUUAUCUGUGCUGGACGAGGCCAACCGGAUGCUGGAUAUGGGCUUUGAACCCCAGAUUAUGAAGAUUCUGCUCGACAUCCGCCCCGACCGACAGACUGUCAUGACCAGUGCCACCUCCCACAUCGUGAGACGAUUGGCAAAGUCCUAUCUAAAGAACCCCAUGAUGGUUUAUGUGGGAACCCUGGACUUGGCGGCGGUUAACACAGUGGACCAAACGGUGCUGAUCGUCCAUGAGGAAGACAAAAAGUCCUACUUGUUCGACUUCAUCAGGAACAUGCUGCCCGAGGAAAAAGUCCUCAUCUUUUGGCGCAAGGAACACCAGGAGCAGAACCUGGCCCAGCAGACACAGAACCUGGCCCAGCAGAAGGAAGACCGGGCCCUGCAGGCUCAGCACAUGAACCAGACCUUGGUGGAGGCGAGGCUGUUGGAAGCAGCCUUGAGAAGGGAGGAGAUUGCUCACGCAGAGACCUUUAAUUUAUCCUUCCUGCGCACUCUUGGCCAGAUGCUAGGGGGAACGGGCAGCCGACGUGCCCCGUCUCCUCCGCCUCUGUGA